CGUCAACAAAAAUUCAAAGAGAGUGCACCGGACGAGCUCCUCCGCUAAAGUUCUGACGCGGGCCACGGUAGGAGCGGGAUUGCUCGAAACGAGUCAUCCUCUCGUUGAGUUGGCGGACGUCAUCUCAAAUGCACGUGAGAGUAUCAAAGAUCCUCUUCACCCAAGAAGGUUCCGAAGCUUCCUCUCUCAGACGAGUUCUGCGUUGUCGAGUGACACGCUCCGUGGUUCGACUUCCUCCGACACAAGACGACUCAGCUCCGUUCUCGCUCUCCUCAUCGUCGGCAACAACCAAAUCUAGAUUUUGCUCUCCGGUUCUCUCUUCAUGGAAGACAGUCCGGUCUCCCCAAGACAAAGGGUACCACGCCCUCGACAACCAACUCCAAGCGUCGGGUUUGUGGCCAUUCGUCUCCAAGAGCCGCUUGAGCUUCAAUCCCGCCUUCGUCCGGGAUUUCUACUCCAAUCUCCGCCGUGACGGGGACACCAUUCGCAGCAGCAUCAAUCUCUACGACAUAGAGAUUGAUUUGCCUACCUUUGCUCGGGUCGCAGGGCUACCCAUCCGCGGUGACGACAUCGCAACUUAUGGUGGCGACGAUUGGAUCUUCAACAACGAGGCGGUCGUCAUUCGUGAGCUUGGGAUCACCAAUUUGAUCCGCCACAGCGGCGCACCGACGAUUCACUCGGCCCCACCGGACAAGCGCCUCCUCCUCUACAUCAUCACCCGGAUUCUCCGCCCCCGCGACAGCAGCCAUACCUCGCUCUUCAACGAGGACUUGAAGGCGAUUCACGCCAUCAUCCACGGCGCCUCCAUCAAUUGGGCGAAAUUCGUGAUGAUCCACAUGGCGGAUUGCGCCUCCAUCGCCACUGAGCGGAGCUUGCCAUACGCCUUCCUCGUCAUGGACUUCAUCAUCUCCGCCGACAUCUCCAUCGCCGGCCCGGAUACGAAGAUGACAAAGAUUUGGAUAAUUCAAGACAUCACCUUCUGGAAGAAGUCCGAAGACCGGGACGACGCAGGCCCAAGUCGUGCACCAGCCCCCGCUCCCGCCAAGGCCUCUUUGCAAUCCAUAGCCGAUACUCUGAAUCGGCUAACCCUCACAGUGGAUGGCAUGGGGCAGUCAAUCGAGCGGAUGGACUGGACGCUACAACGCCAACACCACGACAUGACGGCGUUCUUCCGCGGCAUCAACUACGUCCCGCCGCCCUUUGACAGCACCUUCCUCGACCAAAACUAUGAAGGCGAGGACGAGGAGGAUAACUCCUAUGCUCCAUCCUCCUCCCCCGACGAGGCCGACUUUGAAGAUGCGGUCGACGGCGAUCCCAUGGACGUCGAGGACAACGAGGAUGACGACGAGGACGCCGAUGCUUAGACUUUUCUUCUCUCUUCUUACUAUGAUUGUAUUUUUUAUUUCCAUUCCGUUGUAUUCCGCAUUUCCCUUUUUCAUGAAUAAAAGUUUACUUUUACAAUUCUAAAGUUUACUUUUAAUUCUUUUUGUUAAUGUCAAAAGGGGGAAGAUAUUAAGGUUAUGCAUAAAUUGAGGAGAAAUUU